AUGUCCAAGCUUCGUAUGAUUAAGGGGAGGGAUCUGCUUCGCCGCGUCUCCCAUCUGUCACCUCUGUCGAAGAACGACACCAGGUGGUCAAGCAAAUAUGAGAUGGUGGCGCGAUACCUGACGCUCCUACCAUUUAUUAUCCAGCUGGGCCACAACUUUCUGGAAGAGCACGAGGUCCAGCCUCUCUUACUGAGGCGUGCUAAGCAUGAGCGAGUCAAGUCGCUAGCGAAGGACUUGGAGAAGUUUGAGGGCGUUACGAAGGAGCUACAGAAGUCUACGCUAACUUUGUCUGCAGUACGUCGAUUGUUUGACCAGGUUGUGAAGGAGUUUCCAGCACUCAAGACACGACUGGCUGUACCUAUUCCAACUUAG